UACUCAGUCCAACUCAGUUGUCGGGCAACAGUGGAAGGGUGUGCGUGCCUGUCUCGCCCGAUGCUUCACCAUGCGAGUGUGCGGGAGACGUGGCAUUUUCCGAAACAUAUACGCCGUAGUUCUCCUGGGUCUAUUCGCCCUCUGUGUCUAUAAAAUUGGACGUAACGAUGAAUGGAGGGAAGCUCAUAAAAAGUUGAUUGGGAACCUGAAGUUAAGAUCACGCGGUAGUAAUAGUAAUAAUAAUAAUAAUGGAAAUGAAGGUGCAGUGAACAGCGAGGAGUUUGUUAAUAGCCAGAUGGGCUAUGUAUUCCCGGAUUCCAAGUUAGAGGAAGGGGCACGGCUGCAGCUGUUUGACUGGCAUAAUCACACGCAGGAGGCUCUGGAUAAGGCUAGGACAGGACCAGGAGAACAAGGCCUUCCACACUACCUCCCGGCGGAUCUAGAGGAUAAGCGGGAAGAGCUCUUUCAAACAAAUGGCUUCAAUGCUCUAUUAAGUGAUUAUAUACCCCUGGACCGUGCGCUGCCUGAUAUUAGGCAUCCCAAAUGCGCCCUCAAGAGGUACUCGGAGCGCCUUCCCACAGUCAGCGUCGUCAUCCCGUUCUUCGAGGAGCACUGGACCACGCUGCUCAGGACUGUGGUGUCUGUCCUGCACCGCUCCCCCCCUGAGGUCCUCCGGCAGAUCAUACUGGUGGACGAUGGCAGUAGUAUGAAGGACUUUCUACAGUCACCCCUUGAGACAUGGCUGAAAAGGUAUGUCCCCAAGGCGAUGGUGGUGCGUCUGCCAUACCGUAAGGGGCUGAUUGUGGCUCGCCAGGAGGGUGCCAAGAAAGCGAAGGGCGACGUGAUUGUGGUCCUCGACUCGCACUGUGAGGUGAUGACCAACUGGCUGCCACCACUGCUAGAUCCCAUCCUGAACAACCACCGGACCGUCGUGUGUCCGCUCAUCGACGUGAUUAACCAAGCCACCUUCGCCUACACGGCCCAGGACCACGGGGGCCGGGGAGCCUUCGACUGGCGGCUCUUCUACAAGCGGCUCAGUCUGCGUCCCAAUGAGCAGAAAAACUUGCCCGAACCUUUCCGAACCCCUGUCAUGAAUGGAGGGCUUUUCGCAAUCAGCCGGGAUUUCUUCUGGGAGUUGGGAGGCUACGAUGAGGGUCUGGCAAUCUGGGGCGGCGAGCAGUACAACCUUUCUUUUAAGGUGUGGAUGUGCGGGGGACGCAUGCUAGACGCGCCGUGUUCCCGCGUGGGUCACAUCUUCCGCCAUGCUCCGAAAGGUCGCCCCUCAGUCAAGGGCGACUUUCUCUCCAAGAACUACAAGCGUGUGGCGGUGGUGUGGAUGGGCGAGUAUGCCGAGGCUCUCUACAGAAAGAAUCCCAGGCUGCGAGACGUGGAUGCUGGUGAUGUGUCAAAGGAAAUAGCGAUCCGUGACAAGCUGCAGUGUAAGAGCUUCAAGUGGUUCCUGGAGGAGGUGGCGCCGGACCUCUCGAAGAUGUACCCUCCCGUAGAGCCACCAGACUAUGCCAACGGGACGAUCAAAAGCGCGGCGGCUCCCUCCCUCUGCCUCGACAACGGCUCCAAAGAGAAUGGGGAGAUUAUCAUGUACGGGUGUCACGGCGGAGGCACGCAGUACUUCUCUCUCUGCUGGAGGAAGACAAUACGAAUAGACAGCGAGCAGUUCUGUUGGCAAGUUCCAAGGUCGAUCGGCCAGCCAGUGACCACCUCCCAUUGCCAGAUUAACAACACACCAGUCAGUCAGAUGUGGCGCUACGACCCGGUCACGCAGCAGAUACAGUCUAACGGAGCCAAGGGAUGGUGCGUGGAGGCCAGAACAGAGGAGAGGAAAGUGGCCAUGACCUUGUGUGACGCAAUGAAGAAGGAACAGAAAUGGAUCUUCUCCAACAUCAAUUUUCGCCUUAUUGAAGAGCAUUACCCUCCUUUCUUGUAGUUGGAGGAGUAGAUAGGAGUGUGAUGAGAGAGAAUAUGACCAUGAUAUGUUUAUUUAUGAGUGUUAGCUUCAUAAUUGUUGUUGAUUUCCAGUUUUUCAUUUUUUUUUCUUUUUUGUACAAACUGUGAAUGCUGUGAGAAGGAUUAAAUAUGUGUACAGAAUAAAUAAGAAUGUUAAGAGUGUUGUGAGGGAAAAUAUGGAUGUUUGUUUGUGAGUUUGAGUCUCAUAAACGUUGUUGAUUUCUGGUUUUCAGGGAUAAUUUCUUAGGUUAUAAAGUAUGAAGAGUAAAUGGGGAUGCUGUGAGAGGGUUUAAGUCCAUGUGAUGUGCUGUGAUCCAGUCUUUUGAAGUUCCUUAUUGACUCAGCACUGACAGCCUGGUUACCAAGUCUGUUUCAGUCACAUACCAACCACUUUGCUCAAAAACCAUUUCCUUUGUAUUUAUUUUUAGUAUGGCUUGCAGACAAACUAUUAUAGUAACAAAUUAAUCAGUUUGCCCUAUAUGUUUAGAUAAUAUACAAAUAAAAAGCAUUAAAAUAUCAAGAGCUAGACUAGGAAGGUGAGAAACACAUAAGUUUUGAUGUUUAUUCUUUGGCUUCUGAUGGGGGAUUGUUUUAAAAAGUUAAGGAGAUCAGGUGGUGUUAAUAUUGUCUUGUGCCUUUAUAUAAAUACAAAUUAAAACAUUAUAGAACACCAAGAGUUAAACAAGGAAGGUGAGAAACAUGCAAAAAUUUUGAUAAGUUUAUUCUUUGCCUUGUAAUAGGAAAUUGUAUAGGAAGUUAAGAUCAAAUGGUGUUAUUAUUUUUAUUGCUAUUAUUAUUUAUUCUUACACAUAGAAAGAAAAACACACGUUAACAUGAGGUAGUCAGAGAUUAGAGAUGGUGCCUAAAGGAAAGUUGCCAGGUAAUAAGAGGCAAGAUUACUAGAAACAUACCUUACAUUAGUUGCUGUUUCUAGUCUCAUUACCAUCCACCUCACAUCACCCUGCUCUUCCUUGCUCUUUGUGAUGCCCGGCAGUGGUGAUGGUGGUGGUAGUGAAAGCAUUGCAGAUUUUUGUUAGGUAUUUAUUUACUUGUUUGUUCUAUUUACAUUUGUGAUUUUAAAGUGAUUAGUAGUGUGCACAUUCCUUUUGCUUUCAUUUUACUUUAUAUACAUUUAUACUUCAUUUCUAAGAAACUAUGAGAGAAUGGUGUUCUGAAUCUCUCUCUCUCUCUCUCUCUCUCUCUCUCUCUCUCUCUCUCUCUCUCUCUCUCUCUCUCUCUCUCUCUCUCUCUCUCUCUCUCUCUCUCUCUCUCUCUCUCUCUCUCUCUCUCUCUCUCAUCACCAUGAAUUUGCAGUAUUGUUUGUCACUUUUGAUUCUCUCUAUCUACAAGUAUGUGUCAUGUCAGCUAGUCAUAUUGAUAAUUGUAGCAUUACUGGUCUCUCUGUGUGUGUGUGUGUGUGUGUGUGUGUGUGUGUAAGGAAUGUGUGGCCUUGACAUGUGCACUUAAUGGAACGAAACACUUAAGUCAUUCCAGUCGUGUCGAGAAGAGAAAAAAAGUCAUCAUCAUCAUAAUAAUCAUCAUCUGAAUUGUACCUUUUAUUACUAAUAUCAUCAUCAUUAUUGUUGUUAUUUUAUCACUAAUUAAUAAUAAAGAUUGAGUAUAUGCAGUCUCUCCUCUCUCUCUCUCUCUCUCUCUCUCUCUCUCUCUCUCUCUCCUCUCCUCUCUCUCUCUCUCUCUCUCUCUCUCUCUCUCUCUCUCCUCUCUCUCUCUCUCUCUCUCUCUCUCUCUCUCUCUCUUGAUGAUGAUUGUGAUUAUGCCUAACAAUAAUUAUGAUGACAAUGGUGGUGAUUAUGAAGGAAUCAAUAAAGAACAGUUUGUU